GAGGGGGAAGAUGAGGUUAAAGUUGCUGGGUCCUCCCCCGCUCCUUAGGCAGUAGAUAACUACGCACACAGGUCUGCGCCCACGAGAGAGCGCGCGUUGCGCUUGCUCUUGGCAAUUUAGCCUAAGAUCGCGAGAGAGCGGGCCUAGGUCCCCGGGAACCUUCCCUGGCGAUCUAGGGGGGUCUGGAGACUGCAGGUUUGGGUCCCCGGAAGACCACUACACCCUCCACCCUCGACGCUGUCCGGGAGGGCGCAGGCCUGCGCCUACGCGGGCUCUCCAGACUCGCUGCGCGCCCUGGGCGUGGGCGGGAAAGGGUUAAGCAAGGUGCCAGCGCGGGGCGCGGCGCGUGUGGAGGAGGGGAGCGGGGAAGAAAGUGAGAGCGGGGGCGGGGGGACCCGAGCGAAAGAACAUCCUGUGCCGCCGCCGGAUGCGAGAGGCGGGGGCGCGGGGGAGGCAGAGCGAUGCGCUCCGCCCCGCGCUCCUCCUCCCGGGCGCUGACCGCUCCCGCGCUUCUUACGGCUUCUCCUGGUCCCCACGCCUUCGCGGGUCAUGAGCUGGCCAGAGGGGCCCCUCGGCUCGAGUUCCCCGGCUGGGGUAAGCGCGGGGAGUGUGGGAUCCGCUGUGAGGAAUGGGAGCCACCCCUACCCCAUCCCCCAAAGCCUUUUCCGCUGAACACUGAUGGCGAGCUGUCCCCUGUGCAGCGCUUAGAUCCGCACCUUCUCUGGGCCAGUCCAGCUGGCUGCACUUUCAGGACCGACCCAGAAAAGCUGAUCGUGGAAUUCGACAAUCCUCACACUCCUGGGAUUAGAACCGGAAUCGGUCGGACCGCAAAGGGCUUUUACUGGGGCUAGCGAAGACACAAAAACCCUUAGUAGAUAAGGCUCCCAGGAGAGGCCUCUCGGAAGUCAAGAUGGGCGCUUGCCGAGUUCGAUACCCAGGUCGCACCAAAUGAAAGGCGAGAGCUACCGAUUUACAUAAAUUGCCCUCAGACCCCCAAACACUACCUUGGCACCUCCAAGCUUGGGAGAGCCAGGUACUGUGGCUUUAAACCCAGCACUCAGCACUCGAGGCGGAGGCGGGGAGAUCUCUAGUUGAGCCGAGCUCUUUGACUACCACAUAGACUGUCUCAAAAAAA